UGUUUAAAUAUUAAAAUUCGUAAUCAACACUUCAAUUUAGAUUUAUUAUCAUAUCACAAAAAAAAAAGAAAAGAACAAAUAUAAGAUUUUUAAGGAGGGUUUUCGUAGACAUUGAUAAACGGUGGUUUUCGUUAGGCAAUUAAUAAAGCCGGGGGUUCAAAAAGAAAGAGGAAGGUUCCGUUUUCUCUCUAGAAUUCCCAGACUGACGCGUUGACGGAUCAAUUCUUCUUCCUCCGAUAGAUGUUAGUCCGACUUUGUUGGAAGAAUUUCUUCUUCGUGUGAUCGAAAAAUAAAAACGAGAUCCGAUCUAUUCUUGGACCGUUGACAACAAAUGUCCAUUUCUCUUCCCCACGAGUGACUAUAAAUUAUUUUUAGAUACACACAGAAGUAAUUUUAAAACCAGUCUUACUUGAUUCAUUUCCUAAAACGCAUCUAAAUGAUAAUCGUAGAUUUCGUAUACUUGCUUGUGUUCGUUAUAAAUGUGGCAAAAUGUGGAAAACCGAUCGAAAUCGCGAUAUUACUUGACAACGAAACCGACCAAGACUUGUAUAAAGUGAUCGAUUAUAUCGCGAGAAGACAUCAAGUCGAUUCCAAAUAUGUAUUAACCCCCCAAAUAAUUAACGUCAAAGAUAUGGAUAGUUUACGGUUGGAACAAACAAUUUGCAACAACCACCUAGCCCAAAGAGGAAUUCACGCCAUUUUUGGAUCAUCACCAAACAAUGAUAUAGUUCAAUCCAUCUCUAGGAACCUCGAAAUAGUUCAAUUUCAAAACUUUUUUAACCCGGAUAUUGAACGGGACGUUUUUAGUCAAGAAAAACCUGAAGAAACUACCAUUUUUAAUUUAUACCCUGAGUUUAAAUUAUUUGCGAAAGCUUUAGCCGCUUUAGUUAAUGAUAUGGAUUGGAGAACUUAUACUAUUAUUUAUGAGGAUGAUAAUAGUUUAAUUCGUUUACAAGAGGUUUUAAAAAUCAGUCAAAACGAUGAUUUUCCGGUUAAAAUACGCAAAUUAUUACCGGGGGAUGAUCAAAGGCCCCUUUUAAAAGAAAUGAAGCUAAAAUCCGAAUUAAAUAUAAUAUUAGAUUGCUCCCCGGAUAAAAUAAUCGGAUUUUUACAACAAGCUUCAAUUUAUAAUUUAACCGGAGAAUAUUACAAUUACAUUUUAACAUCGUUGGAUGCGCACACGUUGGAUUUUGCUGAUAUUAUCGAUUAUGGCGCGAAUAUAACAACUUUGAGAUUAAUAGAUCCAAAUAGCGAACAAAUUAAGUACAUGGUAAAAGAUUUUAAAUUAAUGGGAGAUCAAUACAACGAAGACUUUAAAGCAACAUCCAGUUUAUUUCAAUUAAAAACCGCCUUAAUAUACGAUAGCUUAGUAAUUUUUUUAACAGCCUUCGAACAAUUAUCAUUAAGACAUCCCCCGGUGGCAUUACCGCAAAAUUGCAAGAUUCCUGAACCAUCAAAAGACGGAUUUAGAAUUGCCGAAUACAUAAAAAGCAAAACCUUUGAAAACGAAACUAUACACGGUCCAAUAUCCGGUCCGAUAAGAUUUGAUAAAUUCGGACGAAGAAUUAAUUUUAAACUCGAAAUAAUCGAACUCAUAAAAGAUGGAUUUCGAUUAUCGGCUAAUUGGUUUUCGGAAAAUCCAAAAAAAUUAGAAUACGUCGUAAGUGAAGAAGAGCGAAAACAAGAAUUCGAAAAACACAUUACCCAAAAAGUAUUUCGCGUCGUUUCGCGAAUUGGAGCUCCUUACUUAAUGUAUGCGAAACCCACGAAAAAAGGGCAAAUUUUGGAAGGAAACGCACGGUUCGAAGGCUUUUCUAUGGAUAUAAUCGAUGAGAUAGCGAACAUUUUGAAUUUUACUUAUCAAUUCGAAUUGGUCCAUGAUAACAAUUAUGGAAGUUACGAUCCGGUUAAAAAGGAAUGGAACGGUUUGGUUCGUAACAUUUUAGAUUGGAAGGCCGAUUUGGCAAUUUGCGAUUUAACGAUAACUUAUGAAAGGGGAAAAGCCGUUGAUUUUUCUAUGCCUUUUAUGACUUUGGGGAUAAGCAUCUUGUUUAGCAAGGAUACUAAACAGCCGACGAAUCUUUUUGCGUUUAUGAAACCUUUGUCUUUGGAUAUUUGGCUUUAUAUGGCAACAGCUUUUGUUGUUAUGUCUAUUUUGAUUUAUGUAGCGGCAAGGUUAGCCCCUCAAGAUUGGGAAAAUCCGCAUCCUUGCGAUCCCCAUCCGAAAGAAUUAGAGAACAUUUGGAGCUUAAAAAAUUGUUUUUGGUUAACGAUGGGGUCAAUUAUGGCUCAAGGAUGCGAUAUUUUACCGAAAGGAGUUUCAACAAGAACAAUCGCUGGAAUGUGGUGGUUCUUCUCCUUAAUCAUAACCUCCUCAUACACGGCAAACUUAGCGGCGUUUUUAACAAACGAGCGUUUAGGACCAACAAUAGAAAACGCGGAAGAUUUAGCGAAACAAAGCGAAAUAAAAUACGGUUGUCUUCAAGGAGGUGCAACAUCGACGUUUUUCCGUGAUUCGAAUUUCUCGACGUACCAAAAGAUGUGGCGUUCGAUGCAGAUAGCUCAACCGAGUGUUUUUGAAAGUAAUAACAAGGAUGGGGUUAAAAGGGUAAUUUCGAGUAAGCAGAAAUACGCGUUUUUAAUGGAAAGCUCUACGAUUGAAUACGAAAUGGAACGAAAUUGUGAUUUGAUUCAGGUCGGGGGGUGGUUGGACACGAAGAAUUACGGAAUCGCGAUGCCGAUGAACUCGCCAUAUAACGCAGCUAUUAGUAGGGCGGUUUUAAAGAUGCAAGAAGAACAGAAAUUACAUAAACUUAAAGAGAAAUGGUGGAAGGAAAUGUAUGGUGGGGGUCAAUGUGGACAAGAAGAAACGUCUUCGGAUGAUUCAGCGGCCGAACUUGGGAUAGACCACGUCGGUGGGGUUUUUGUUGUACUUCUAGGCGGACUUGGAAUCGCGUUAAUUAUUGCAAUUGCUGAGUUUUUAUGGAACGUAAGAAAAGUAUCCGUUGAAACUCAGAUUUCACCCAAAGAAGCGUUUCUAAACGAAUUAAAGUUUGCCGUCGAUGUUUCGAAGAGAAAGAAAGCUGUGUUAAAACGAAAUAAUUCGUGAUUAAUUAUGUAUCAAUUAAAAAUGGGCUUCUAA